UGCCGCAACGGUUGCAUCGUGCACUGCACCACUCCGGUUGUGUGUUCACAUCUUUUUCGUUGCCCUUCUGUACAUUCAUUCAUUCUUCUGUUGCUCGGUUCAGCUUCACUAGCCGUUAGUGCCAUUUGCUUUGUGUCGUUUACUUUAUCGUUUAAGUUUUAGUCAAGUGUGCCGUGCUGUUUGUAUUUGAACGCCGUUUUCCGUUUUCGCGUUUCCUGUGCAAUUUUGGUUUCCGCAAUUUGCCCGCAGUUGCAAAAGUGUUAAAAAAUAAUGUCAAAACCGAACGUUCUAGUCCUUGGAGAGUUCGGUAACAAGAGAAGCAGAAUGGGGAAAAUCUCGUUGCGCAACAAUCUUGCCAACCAACACAAUGCGGACCAGGUUCAUAAUUAAGUUAAUGUCACAUAAUUGCCACUCAUGAUCGAUAUUCUGCGCAUCGCACAUUCGCUGGAACGUGCCAUCCGCCAGCAGCCGAAGCCGGUUGUGUUGCUGCUUUCAAAGCCGGUUCCUAAAGCGAUAAUCACGGUUCAAUGCCUCUACGGGGGGAUAGAGAACUGAGAUCAAUCACCGAUAGGAACUGCUGAGAAGCUGCACUGCAUGGUUGCGUUCGCUGUUCUCUGCAUUUUUGAGUUACUUUUUUCUUUUUGUUUUCUUUGUUACAUUUCGCAGGUUGCGGAUUUAUUGGCCGUCAUCUAGUUGAACAUCUCGUUACCCAUGAUCUAGCGGGGCACAUUAAGGUGGUCGACAAGACGCCACCGCUGAUGGCCUGGCUAAACAGCAGACACACGCAAGCGUUCGCCAACGAACGGGUAGAAUUUGUGAGCGCCAAUCUAAUAAACCUCGCUUCGUGCCAAAAUGCGUUCCGAAUGGAGGUAGGCGAACAACCGGUCGAUGGGUGCUGGGAUUAUGUGAUAAACUGUGCGGCCGAAACAAAACCCGGACAAACGGACCCCGUCUACCAGGAAGGUAUACUGAAGCUAAGCUUAAACUGUGCAACGGAGGCUGUGAAGCAUAAAGCGAAGCGUUACGUGGAGCUAAGCACCGGAAGCAUGUGCUCGGACGAGAAGGUCCCACAAAAUGAAGACUGUCCCGUCGAACCGUGGACGAUGGUGGGCAAGUACAAGGCGAAGGUAGAACAGGAACUGAUCGCCAUAAAGGAUUUGCCCUACACCAUACUGCGGCUGCCGAUCUGCUAUGGAGUUGGCGAUCGGAAAGGAUUGACGCCUCGCAUCAUUAUAGCGGGAAUUUACAAGCAUCUGGACGAAACGAUGAAACUUCUCUGGACCGGAACGAUGAAGAUGAACGUGGUGCAUGUGGAUGACGUGUGUGGUAGCAUUUGGGAACUAUUGCAAACCGAUCGUACGGUGCGCGAAACGAUCAACGUGUGCGAUGACAGCAAUGCUACCCAGGCGAUGAUCAGCGAGCUGCUUGUCGACAUGUUUGGUAUCAAGAUCGAUUACUGGGGCGUCACGAUGUCGAACAUGACGAAGCUCGAUAUGGCUGGGGCAAUCGAGGAAAUUAACGAUCGACACCUAGGGCCAUGGGCCGAGCUGUGCCAGCGAGAUGGUGUGCAGAAUACACCGCUAACACCGUACAUGGACCAAGAGUUGCUUCUUCACAAGCAUUUGCAUUUAAGCAACGAAAAGCUUAAGUCUUACGGGUAUAAUCUGCGUCGUCCACAGAUUACUAGGGAGCUGUUGGAAGAGAUAGUGCAGGAUUUCAUUGAGAUGAAUCACUUUCCACGUACUUUGCUUGCUUAAACCGCAUUGUUGAAAUUGUUCCUAGCCACAGACACACACACACACUCGUAUAGAUUGUGUGCUCUCACAGUUACGUAUUAUCUUAUCUAUUCCUACAUCUCUAAGUACGAUCUCCCGCUGUAAGACAACGAACGAAGCGCAGCAGCAGCAGUAAGAAAGAAUCUGCUCUGAUAAAGGAGGAAAAAAUGACUGUAACUUAAACAUUGUACGUGCCGAACGGUGCUGAAAGUAAUGCCUUUCCACUUAAACGCCUAGCGUAUGCAUUUCGAAAGACACUUCAAUUGUCCGUUAUACUUCGCGCUUCUCUUCCCGUGAUCUCCUCCCAUUUUGUCCUCUUUAACACCAUUCCAAAUCGGUGCAGAAGUUGUGUGAUGACUACGAUUAGUGAAACUAAAGUGUGACGAACGAGCAAAGUAUGCUCGAAUUAAUUAGACAUAAACAUUUCAAACGGUGUUUUUAUACCCACACAGUGCGUAUUAGUAUUGCAAAAUUAUUGUGAAAACGAACCAUGUGCCUAAACGAAAAUUUUAUGAUAAAAACAAAAGCCACGCAUCGACGCGUUGGCGUAAAUCAAAUAAAGUAUGUAAACAUGCAUAGCGUAUUCAUUAAAACAAAGCGACAAAAAGUUUCCCUGUGUUUAGUUAACUAAUCAAUAAUCUUAGUAGUAGUAGUAGAAAAUUUGGCAUCUUCAUCAGCAUGUUUACGGUAGCCGUGGGUAGAACAGUGGAAAGAACUUCAAUCUACGGAUUGCUCGUGCUGGCUGCUGCUCCAUCCAAGAAUAAACAAAGUCUGCUACUGUAGUCCCGCGUUCAUGUUAGGCCAGAUACAAUCGCGGAAAUAUGUACUAGCUUCGACUGCUAGUCUAAAGGCAAUAUUUCAAAGAGUGGACUUAUUGUUAUGAAUAUCUAAA